AUGGAAACCUUUGAAAAGCCCAACAUCACAAAAACUCUAGCAGAAAUCUACACCAUCGAGGUGAGCCCAAAUUGGAUGAAUGAGAUAUUGAAUUACAAGCAUGAUGGUACAUUGCCAUCUGACAAGGUCGAAGCACGACGACUGGGGCUGGACAUUGUCGGAAAACUCCCAACCGCCAAAGGUCAGUUUAAAUACAUAAUCGUAGCCAUCGAUUACGACACUAAAUGGAUCGAGGCUGAACCAUUAACGGCCAUCACAACCGCUAAAGUCCAGCACUUCUUGUGGAAGAAUAUUUACUGUCGUUAUGGAGUGCCCGACACAAUCAUUACCGACAACGGAACGCAAUUCAACAACGAGGAACUCAUCAACUUCACCUCCAAACUAGGCACCAAGAUGAGUUUCGCUUCAGUGGCACACCCCCAGAUCAAUGGCCAAGUGGAAUCUGCCAACAAAAUUAUAAAAAAGCUGCUAAAAAGGAAAUUGGAAGACAAGAAAGGCCUAUGGGCUGAGAAACUCCCGGAAGUGCUUUGGGUCAUCCGGACAACGCCAACGUCGGCCAACAGUGAAACUCCAUUCUGUAUGGUGUUUGGCAUAGAGGCAGUCCUCCUCGUUGAGGUAACCCAACCUACGGCUAGGAUUGACGGACAUAACGCCACAACAAACAUCGCCGGCGUCAACCUCGACAAAGAUCUAUUAGAGGAGAAACGAGACAAGGCCCACUUGCACAACUUGCAAAACAAACGGCGAGUGUCACGUUUUUACAACAAUCGUGUGAAGGCCAGAAACCUACAACUUGGUGACUGGGUUAUGAAAGAAGUCAUACCACCACCAAAAGCACUUCGCCCAACCUGGGAAUGA